GAAGGCAACGUUACCACGUUAAACGUUAUAGGGACUAAAUGUCCGGCUUCACAUCUCUGUCACACCGGCACGUUUCUGCUCCCUUGUCCUCCACAUCACUACUUACUGCAUGUAUUGUGUUUACAUCAUGUAUUUAAGAAACAGUGUUGCCUAUUUAUUAAUAUUAUUAUCUGGGAUCUGGGAUCAACUGCGAGUUCACGUCUGUGGGAGAAAAAAAAGAUCCGCAACUGAAUUGAUAAAGUAGUUUUUUUGUUAAUGUGCUUUCAUUGAAAUUAUUAUAUCUGUAUUAUUUAUUUUAACUAAAAAUCUUAAAUGGAAUCAUCGGUGCCACUUUUUAUUGGAUGGAAGUGAUUUGAAAAUAAGGUAAUCUUCUGUGAGCUGUUUCCUUUCUCUUUCUUUUAAAAGACUAACCAGUAUAAUUAUCCCCGAAAUAAUUGCUGAUAUAUAUAGAUACUUGUUUCAGAUCAUAAACUUUAAUAAUAAAAUGUGGCAAUAGUGGCAUUAUUGGGUUAUAUCUUAAAUAUUACCAGUGCCUUCUUCUGGCCAGCAAGGCAAGAAUCCAAGUUCAUUUUUCACCUGUUCAUCUGUGACAUGAGGAAACUGAUGAAGACGAUGAAAACGGACAGAUUAACACUCCUUUGAAAGGCAGGGGAGCCACGGGCGGGUAGAAGGCAGUUACAAAAAACAGAGGAAAUGAAGUUGUAGCAGAUGAUUCAGUGACUGACAUCUACUGACUUCCCACCGGUCUCCUGGUCGACCACGGGAGCCGGUGGGGUUUCAGAAGGAAGGCUUCAACUCAAACCUCAGCGUGGGAUGUGGCCGACUCGGGCACCAGGCCGGUGUCUUCAUUUCUCUAAACCUCAUUCCCCCAGACUAAACACCCAAGAUAAAGAGAGACAGAGGACUCAUCUCUCGUCCACGAAAAACUAAACGGGUUUCUUUGCGGUUCCACAAAAAGGAAGGAAAGAGAUCCCCCCCCCACCACCCAACACCACCACCCCCCCUUCCUGAAUAUGUUAUUCUGUCCACAUGUUAACAGCAUGCAGUGUUUUCCCUCGGUUUACAACCCCAACCCCUAAAAUGACUACUUAUUACAUAUUUAUUACAUAUGUAUUUAAGAAAUAAUGUUGCCUAUUUAAUGAUAUUAUUAUCUGUGAGCUGGAUUAUUGUUGUAAAUGCUUUGGACGUGCUUGCUGUAUGUUUGGUGGAUUUGAAACAGCGUAAAGACUCGAGUGUUCACACCACAUUUGGGUGGAGGAGGCUGUUGUGUUGCAGAUGUGGACAAGGUCAGCUUGCCACCAAGUAUUCGGCAUGACCAAUUACUUUUGACCCUUGGACGAAGACCAACUCAAAAAAAACCAAAGUUCCCCUUUGAAUUAUGUCACUGAACACUUUCACUUUCGUAGCAAACAGAACUACUCCUGAUUGCACGAAUCUGGAUCUUAGUUUUCCCGUGACUCACUUCUGAUAUUUGGGAAUGUACAUAAGUAUAUUGUGUCUGUUAGGAUGUUUGAUGAAAAAAAGUCCCAGUUUGUACUUCUGUCAUUUUAAAUGACAAGUGGAGUUUUUUUUGAUGUUGAGAAAUACUCACCCACACAAUACCAUGUUGAAUACCAUGUUUACACAAGUUCAAGGGGAUGAUUCAGGGUCACCGUUGUGAAAAGGAAAAUGCCCACGGGUUUUAUUUUUUAUCACAGAAAUUUGGCCAGAGAACAGCGCACUCCGGAUCCCAUCUUAUUAAGAAAAUAUGUUUCACUUUGGCGUGGCCUUGGCGGAGAUCUGCUCUCUCUGUUGUUCACACGAAACUUUGUUUAGUAAAAGAUGCCUGAGACGCCGCAUCGCAAAAUCCCCACCAAUAUAAUAAACAAACAUAAGCGACGUACCCAACGAAGCUGUUUCGGGCACCACGUUUCUUACCCGAUCACUUCCGUGUCAACUAAUGUCGGGGGGGUUUGCGUUUGUGUUCAGCUCCCGCUGCAAGGCUCCCAGAGGAGGCCCCAGGGGCCUCUGAACAUGAACCACUACGCCAAUAAGAAGAGUGCGGCAGAGAGCAUGCUGGACGUGGCUCUCCUGAUGGCCAACGCCUCGCAGCUGAAGGCCGUCAUGGAGCAAGGACCGGACUCCACCUUCUACGUGCCCCUUAUUACGCUCAUAAGCAUCUCCCUCAUCCUACAGAUCGUAGUGGGAGUUCUGCUCAUCUUCAUCGUUAAGUGGAACCUGAACGAUGAAAGCACGCACUUCAAGCUGAACAUCAUGGAGAAUGUCGCUACGGCAUUCGUCUUCAUCAUAGUCGUGGUCAAUGUCUUCAUCACAGCUUUUGGAGUCCAGCGACCAGCAAAGGCUUGAUGGACCCUCACCCUCACUCUCCUGCUGAUCUACUUAGUAAAGACGGCCUUCAACAUUAUCGAUGCAAAAAUAUAAAUAUAAUACUUAUUCUCCAACAAAGUAACUAUACAGGUGCACUUGUUUUGUUGUAACUCAACCUCCCAGGCGGGAGGCAAGCCGGUACACCCCGAGGACCAGGUGACAUGUGUGCUUCUAUGUUUUAGAGUUCAUUUCUUCUCUAACUGUGGUUAUGGACAAAUAUAUGGUCAUUUCUUAUUUAAUGUGGUAAAUUACCUUGCUACCUCUUAUCAGGUUACUGAUGCAAAUCAGUAUUGCCUUUACUCAUAAAACAAACAUAUCAGCAGAAGUAUCCUGAUGUUUCAUUGCCGUUUUACCUAUUUCUUUAUGUAUUAAAAAACACAAAAAAAACACAGCAUAGUGCAAAUGACAUGCUUAAAAAUAAGAGCUCCCGGAGCCAUCUUCUGCUGAUCAGAUGGCAUUGGAUGAUAAAUCACCAUUACUGUCAAUUUUUUUAAUUGUUUACAAUGUUAAAAAUCUGAAAAACAAUGAAGGAAAAGGGCUUUACAUGCUUUGUUUUUCUGUAAAUGGUAUGCAAAGUCUAGUAUGUAAUGUUCAAAGGGAUUUACCUGUAUAAAUAUAUUGUUACCUCCCUGUUGGUGGCCUGUGUGUACUUGAGUCUUUCCGUAUUUUGCAGACAGUCCAGCAGAAGGCUUAAUGGAUCACAGCCGAGCCGGUUUGCCCUAUCCGCUGUUGUCUGCUAGUUUCCCGAUUUCCCUCGCGUUUGUUUUGUUUACGUUGCCAGGGAACAUAAUAAUAUAUAUAUACAUACAUAUUCGUUUUUGUGUCUGAAGUAUUUGUGUAUGUAAAUAACAUGUGUCAGGAGCCCAUUUUUUAACCUUUUACAAACUACAUGACCUUAUUACAUUUUUAAAUAAAACUACAAAAGUA